AUGCUCUGGCGAUAUUCACUACUAUUUGCCGCACAGUUUGGUAGCGUCAUCGGCAAUGGACAACAUGUGCUUGGAUCCAGCGGGGAUGGCCUGAAUCGAAUCCGAGACAAACUCCUAGAAGCUGAGAUCAUUCCGACCGUUAUUGAUGAUUUCCCCCCCGCUCUUGGGUUCCGCGCGUCAUGGAAACACGACUCGGCUGAUCUUGGCAAUACUCUCAAACCAAAACAUCUGAAAAAGGCGCCAAAAGUCCAUCUUGACAGGGUUGAGUCAGAUGAUUCACUCGAAACAAUUCUGAAGAAGCAUGCCACAUAUGUCGUCGUUCUCACUGAUCCGGACGCACCAUCUAGAGACGACCCUAAAUGGUCCGAGUUCUGCCAUUGGAUUGCGACUGGAAGGAUGAGUCCUUCAUCAACGACAUCGAAACAUAAACUGAAAGAUAUUAUCAAGUAUAAAGCUCCCGCUCCGCCGCCAAAAACGGGAAAGCACCGCUACGUCUUCUUUGCAUUCAUCGCAGCCAACGGAACGACUGAGAAACUCCAUCUAACUAAACCGAAAGAAAGGGAGCAUUGGGGCUCAAAGGAUUCUGGACAUGGAGUUCGUGAGUGGGCGCUUCAAAAUGGUCUUGCUCCUGUUGUAAGCUUAAACAAGCAGGUCGGCAACUAA